CUAUAAAUACCCCCAAGCCCUAACCUCUUCCUCUCAAUUCAAAAACCUCUCUCGCUCUCCGAUUAUUCCAAAUCGCGAUCACGCUAUGGCUCUUCCGAAUCAGCCGACUGUGGAUUACCCUAGCUUCAAGCUCGUCAUCGUCGGCGACGGCGGAACCGGGAAGACUACUUUUGUGAAGCGCCAUCUGACUGGAGAGUUCGAGAAGAAAUACGAACCGACGAUCGGUGUCGAAGUUCAUCCCUUGGAUUUCCACACCAACUUUGGGAAGAUCAGAUUCUACUGCUGGGACACGGCUGGUCAGGAGAAGUUCGGUGGACUCAGAGACGGAUACUAUAUUCAUGGACAGUGUGCCAUUAUCAUGUUUGAUGUGACUGCUCGUUUGACAUACAAGAAUGUCCCGACAUGGCACCGUGACCUGUGCAGGGUAUGUGAGAACAUUCCGAUUGUUUUGUGCGGAAACAAGGUGGAUGUAAAGAAUAGGCAGGUGAAAGCAAAGCAGGUUACCUUUCAUAGGAAGAAAAAUCUCCAGUACUAUGAAAUCUCUGCCAAGAGCAAUUACAACUUUGAGAAACCUUUCUUGUACCUUGCCAGAAAGCUUGCAGGAAAUAUGGAUGUGGUCUUUGUUGAAUCACCUGCUCUUGCUCCUCCAGAGGUUCAUAUUGAUGUGGCUGAACAGACAAAGCUUGAAGAGGAAUUGGAAAGGGUUAAACACCAACCACUUCCUGAUGAUGAUGAUGAUCUGUUCGAGUAGCGUGCUUGAUGCUGGCUUCAAGCCUUCAACUGUGAAAAGAAAUUACGUCCUUCUCUGACUUUCCUUCUUAAAGAAUAGGGUUUUAAUUAGGUAGUUUUGAGAAAGCCGAGAGCUUUUUGUUAAUCGGGGGAUAUUCUGGUGUUUUACCUGUUGAAUUGAAUGAAAAUUCUGAGGUGUUAACGGCUUCAUUUUGUA